CAAUAAUUGAUAUACAUAUAUAACUACUACUUGAAACCCAAAGCCACUUGUUUGCUGUCAAAAUUCCACCACCUCCACCACCACUAGAAUGUCAUCCCAAGACUCCCAACCAUUCCACUGGUACUCGAGUACAGAUCUCAACAACAAUGAUUUCGAGAUCCAUGGCCGCACUCUCUUCUUCAUCGUCAUCCUCUUCGCUGUAAUAGUCCUCAUCGCCAUCCUAUUCUGGGUUUGUCGCUGCCAACACCACCACUUCCCCUCACAUCCAUCACCCCACGCGCCACCCUAUCAGCCGCAGGGGCAGGGCCUCCAUCCCACCAAAAUUAAAUCUUUGCUGAUAACUCUGUACCAGUCAUCAUCGUCGUCUUCAGGUGGGAGCAAUGACGGCAAUAGUACUGUAUUUGUGGAAGGUGAGUGCUGCAUAUGUCUAGGAAUAUUUGAAGAUGGAGAUAAGGUUAAGGUGUUGCCGCAGUGCCACCAUUGUUUCCAUAGUGAGUGUGUUGAUAAGUGGCUUAUAGAUCGGUCUAGUUGCCCUCUCUGCAGAGCUUCCCUGCUUCAGGGUGACUCUGAAUCCCCUGUUCUCUCCAUCUUAGCAUAGUAAAUCAUACUAAUUAACCCUUUUUCUUUAA